UGUCAUAUGAUAUAUCAUUGUCAAUUUACUAAAUAAUUAAUUGAUGUUUUUCUAAUUUCUUUCAUUUUAGUUUUUAUACAUUAUUUCAAUUCAAUCACUUGUAAAACGUAUGUAAAUGAGCAAGUAAUUACUUACUUUGUCAGUAAAUCGUUAAAAUGACUACUUACUGGAAGUCGCAGGAGCGAAAAUAUUGUGAAUUUUGUAAGUGCUGGUUUGCAGACAAUAAAGUUUCCAUAUCUUUCCAUGAAAAUGGGAAAAGACAUAAAGAAAAUGUUAAAAAGCACAUAUCACAGCUUAGUAAAAAAAGUGCAAAAGAAUUCAAGAAACAGGAGAAGGUUGAAGAUGAUAUGAAGAAGAUGGAAGCAGCGGCUAUGAGCGCUUAUCUGAAGGAUGUUCAGAAUAAUGCUGACCUCACAUCUCAAAGUAUCAAUGAGAUGCUUGGCAACUCCGGAAGUACAAGUAAAGAUAUUGUAGUAUCUUCUGAGACUGCAAGAGAAACUCCUGUUUGGCAAGAAAUCAAGAAUGAUGAUGGCAAUAUAUACUACUGGAACACCAAUACCAAUGAGACCACAUGGAAGCCUCCAGAUAGUUACAUAUCUUUGGCACAACAAGAAGAAAAAAAACUUAAGGAGAAGGAGGAACAAAAAAGGGAAAAACAGUUAAAAAAGCAGAAACAUAAAGAGGUUACAAUGGAAGUGAAAGCUCACAUAGCGCGGGAGAGCAUGAGAGAGUUGGCCGUGGUCAAGGACAAGCCACCACCGAUCAAGGCGGAUGUGCCCUUUGGCCCAGCACCUUGUGUCAAGCCUUAUGGGACAUGGAAACCGGUUGUCAGAGAACCGGAACAUAAAAUCGAUUUGCAAUUGCCGAAAUCGGACAAAGAAAUAAUUCCUCCGCCCGUUGUGAUGGAGCCAGAGACCAUCGUGUUCAAAGAGAAGCGCAUCGAGUCCCUCGGCGACGGGCCCGUGGAGUUCAAGAAGAGGAAGUUUAAUAAGUUGUUACUGGUCGUCGCCGCCGUACUGCUGGUAGCCCCGGCGCUCGCCAAGCCGCAAGUGCUGUACGACUACGGCUAUUACGCGCCCGCCUACGUGUCCUCCUACAGCGUGCCCCUAGCGUACUCCUACCCCUACGCUUACGCUUACUCUUACCCCUUAGCCUACUACUAAACAUAUAAAAAUGCGCUAGGUAGGUACUAGUAUUUGUAAUUUGUUACAAUGUGUACGUGAGACUUCAUCAUUUGUCAUUGCUGAUAAUUUACCUAAUUGUACCUACUUACAAAAUUAUUAAAUUCAAUUGAUAGGUCUCAUCUCAUCUAUGUAAGUAGGUAGCUAUUCUUUUCCAUGAGGAACAUUGUGACUGUAUUUAGAGAGGUUGUGUACAACAGAAUUAGCACCACUGUGAUAUUAACCGCCAUAUUUAAAACAUAAACUUAGGUAUCUUUUAUUAA